AGAUGUCAAAUGAAUAUCAAGAGAAUAAUUAUACUAGAAUUGAUUUAACGAGAUCUUAUGAUAAGAAUAUUAAUUCAUUAAAGCGUAUCAUGGUUCACUUACCUUGGUGGUCACACUUUUUUACUAUUCUAAUUAUAUUGUAUUGUUGCGAAAGGUUAUACGCAAAGUUGAGCUCGAUAUCACGAGAAAGUUCUUAUAGAUUGGAACAACGAAGAAGAUAUGGUAUCCCAGAUAGCGAUAAGAGAUCUUUCAAGCAAGCAUUGGCAGCUGCUAAUGCUUCUCGUAGACAACGCGUAAAAGAUAUUCAAGCAGACGAAGAACGUCAGCGUUUAGAUGAGAAAGAAGAAUCUUCUCAAUGGAGAAUGUUAGGCAAAUCGACAGGUUGGAAUCCACAUCCUAGUCGUUACAGUCCACCUGCUUUACCGGGUACUUUAGAAGAAAGUUAUGAACCAGUUAAAUAUGAUUAUAUACCUUCAACGUCAUCAAUUUACUAUCCUAAUAAUGAGGAGCUUCCUAGUUUAUUUGAAAGAGAUGUAGAAAAUGACAGAUCAGUGAUACUAGAUGAUCUAAAUUCAAGUAAUGAGCACCAAGAUGAAGUAAAUCAACGUACACGUAAACGAUCGAUGGAUGAAUCAUCAUAUAUCGAUCAAGAUACUUUGAUUAAGCGUAGGCGAGCUACCUCAAUUUCUACAAAUCUAUCAAAUGUCUCAAUGAAUGAAGAAUCCGUUGAUAAUGAUUAUAGCGAUGACAAUGAUUCAAGGAUGUCAAUUACUCCUCAGAACGAAAAUAGAGGACGUAAACGUAGCUUUGAUGACACAUCUGAAGUUUCUGUUGUCAGAACAAGGUAUAAGAAAGCACCAAAAAAUUCUGAAGAAUGGACUGAUAUGAGUGGAACAACAUACAAGUAUGAUAAUGGAGUCAAAAAGCGCCUUGAAACAAUCAAAGAAUGGAGAUCAAAAUACAAUAUGCCAAAAGACUCUCAACAUCCAGACCGUAACAUUAAAUUGAGAGUCUAUGUUGAGAAAUGGAUUACAGAUGAUGAUUAUGAGUUACUUCUACAAAAGAACGAACUCGGUUGGCAACCUGAUGAAGAUGAGCUUAGCUCAGUUAAUGAAAGCUCGAUUUAUAAUCCGGAUGAAGAGGUGUCACAGCAAUCAUCAAACAAACUAUCCAGUACAAAUUCGAGAAAGUCAUCAAGCGUCUAUUAUAUGACUAGAACCCCAAUUAAACGUCACAUCUCGAAUCGUUCGAAUGGUGUAUCUUCGAUAACAUCUUCACCACCACCAUUAAAUGAAAGUACUCUACAAUCAACGAGUAGAUUACGUGUAAAUAAGAAGAAGAAGUCAGAUCUAUCCCUAUCAACUACUUUUGGCGAUGCUGAAAAAGAAAAAAGGAAGGAAGCCGAUUUACUCAAGGAGAUACGAAAUGAGAAGCGUAUUAAGAAAGAAAAAGAACAAGAAGAAGAGCAAAGAAGGAAAGAUGAAGCUCACAAAACAACAAUCAAGAAGGAGCAACCAGAGGGAUUAGAAGAGCAGGAAGUAAAAUCAACGACACCUACGUUAAAUUUGGGUAAUCUAACUUCUACAAAUGAUAAGGUACCAAAAAGUAGUGGUGCUAUGAGUAAUACAGAUGCAAAGACGGAUGAUAAAAAAGUGAAUCUGCCAUCGUUUAGUUUUGGUAGUACGGCAGGUUUA